CAAUAUUUUUUACAAACCGCAAAGAAUUGUUGGUUCUCUUCACAACUUUCUUUAACUUUCUCUCUGAAAGCCUUCCUCGCCACUUCUUUUACUCGCUCCCAGUUGCACUGAGCGAUCAGGAUUGCCCCCAGUCCAACUCCGAUGCCGCCAUCGCUGGUCAUUUUGCUCUACGAUCCUACGCCGCCGAUCUAGCACUUUUUUUUUUCCAACUUUGAUGGAUCGCUGUCUCUCCCACCAUCGCCGCUUGGUUCGCUGAUGACGCCGCUGUAACUUCCCCCAAUUUUGACCUCUUUCGCUGCUUUAUUCACCGUCCACGCAGCCGGAACUAUAAUCCCUGUUGUCGAAGUUUGAUCCAAGCCGCCUAUCUAUCCUUCAAAUCCCGACUCCCACCUCCGGUAACUCCUCAACUCCCCGAAUAAGUAUUCCUCGCUUUCCAGCUUCCUGAACUGACAGGGUUUUGCAAUCAGGUGUCUCUUAGCUUACCUUUUCUAAAUGGAUCCAAAUUUGGCUACUCCUAAGUGGAAUUUAGAGCGGCCCUUUCUCACUGGACGAUUCCACCAGGAUACCAAACUUCCCAAUGCUACUUCUGGAACAAAGCCCUACUCCUUGGAGUCAUUAAGUCGUGGUUGUGAGAAUGUUAUUGGAUCAUACCCAGUUUCGGUUCAGGAACUGUUGGUCAUUGAUGAUUUGCUCUCUGCUCUCGUGGGCAUUGAGGGGCGUUACAUUUCGAUAAGGAGAGCACGGGGAAAGGAAGGUCAUGUUGUCUUUCAGAUUGAUCCAUCCAUGGACUUAGCCUUGCAGGAGUUGAUACAGAGGUUUUUCCCUCUUUGUGAAGCCUAUGCGCUAAUCAAUUGGUUUGUUGAGACUAAAUCACAUUUUGGGUCUGGUCUUGUGAACCAUGCACUCGCUGCUGCAAUGAGAGCCCUUCUUUUGGAUUACCAAGCCAUGGUUGCACAGCUCGAGCACCAAUUUCGCCUUGGAAGACUUUCUGUACAAGGUUUGUGGUUUUUUUGUCAGCCAAUGUUGGCAGUGCUACAUGCUUUAUCCGUCAUCAUCGAAAAGGCAUCUUCAGGCAAUUUGUUUGGUUCGGAUACUCUCAACCUCUUGCAAAGCCAGGCUAAGGCCAUGGCUGGUGAUACUACAGUCCGUGCAUUGCUUGAGAAGAUGACACAGAGUGCAAGUUCUCCAUAUUUGUCUAUAUUAGAGAGGUGGGUCUAUGAGGGGGUUAUUGAUGAUCCGUACGAUGAAUUUUUCAUUGCUGAAAACAAGUCACUGAAAAAGGAAAGUCUUACACUAGAUUAUGAUGCCAAAUACUGGCAACAGCGCUACAGCCUCAAAGAUAGUAUUCCUAGCUUCCUUAGAAGUGCUGCAGGAAUGAUUUUGACUACGGGGAAAUAUUUAAAUGUCAUGAGAGAGUGUGGACACAAUGUUCAGGUGCCCCCUUCAGAAAAUUCAAAAUUGACAAGCUUCGAGUCAGAUCAUCAUUAUCUGAAAUGUGUCAAAAUUGCUUAUGAUUUCGCAAGUUGUGAACUGCUAAAUCUUAUUAAGGAAAAGUAUGGCCUGAUUGGAAAGUUGAGAUCUAUGAAGAGAUAUUUUCUUCUGGACCAGGGUGAUUUCCUUGUCCAUUUUAUGGACAUUGCUAUGGAGGAACUUGUUAAGAGGCCUGAGGACACAUCCGUCGAAAAGCUUCAGACACUUCUCGACCUUGCUCUCCGCUCUACAGCUGCUGCUGCAGAUCCCUGUCAUGAGGAGUUGACAUGCUGUGUGGAAAGAGUGUCACUGCUCAGGAAGCUGUCUACGUUAAAAGAUCUGGAGAGCCCUAUUCAUGCUGGUGCUAGUAAGCCUGCUUUCGACAUUGGUGAUCCGCUGGAGCCUAUAAGCAUCACUGGCAUAGAAACAUUCUCUCUGAGUUACAAGGUGCAGUGGCCUCUUUCACUUGUCAUAUCAAGAAAGGCCCUGACAAAGUAUCAGUUAAUUUUUCAAUUUCUGUUCCAUUGUAAACAUGUUGAGCGCCAACUUUGUGUGGCAUGGCAAGUACAUCAAGGUUUCCGUUGCUGUAACAUAAUUGGGACAAGCAUCUUACGGUCUUCUAGUCUCUGUCGUAGCAUGCUUAAAUUUAUCAAUAGCCUUCUUCAUUAUUUAACAUUCGAGGUUCUAGAACCAAAUUGGCAUCUUAUGCAUGACCGACUUCAAACUGUUAAGAGCAUAGAUGAGGUGAUCCAAUUGCAUGACUCAUUUCUUCAAAAAUGCUUGAAAGAAUGUCUUCUUCUUUUACCUCUGCUUGUGAAGAAAGUGGAAAAACUGAAGUCAAUAUGCCUUCAAUACGCUGCUUCCAUCCAGUUGUUGGUGCCAUCCAUCUAUACAAGUGAUGUGGUUGAUUCAGUAGAGUUUUAUAGUUUUGGAUUAGGAAAAUCAAAGGAAAGGAAAACAAGAGGAAGAAGUCUGGCUCCAAAAGCAGCUGAGAACCCCAUAUUCUUAGAUUCUAUUAUGAAAUUUGAGAACGAUUUCAAUGUCGAGCUUCAGAGUCUCAGGCCUAUUCUUAGCAGCGGUUCACAGACUGAGCCAUAUCUGACUCAUCUGGCACAAUGUAUUCUAGGUGUGGGCGGUGACCAGUGAGUUACUUCCCAGAGUUCCAGAUUAUUUCUGCAUGCGAGUUCUUACUUUUUUUUUAAUCUUUCUAUUCAUAGAUCAUUUCCUCCUAGGAGUACCUAACUAUGUGACAUUGUAUGGUUUUCUAUUCUUUCAUUAUGCAUAGAUCAUUGAUUUUCUUA